AUGUGGCUCGACCGCAUUUCGGGCCAUUCCACUCCCUCCAGUCUCCCAACCGACAGCCGCAGUAACUCUCCGUUGCCUCGCCGGACAUCCUCGCGUCUCUCCCCCUAUUCACAGUCCGCUCGGGCAUCGUCUAGUCGACAAGGCUCGUCUUUAUCGGUGCUGGUCAGUCCGAAUAGUUCGUCCACCUCACUUCCGACGACACGUGGCGAUGGGUCGGCGUUGAAACAGGCCUCUGCAAGGCCCCGUCCGUCCGAUGUGGCCGAUCCACUCGAGGUGUUGAGCGGGAUUCUUGGAAAGCAAAGAGAGGAGGCGCUGCAGGCGGAGAAACCCAUGCAGUUGGUGCCGGACAUUGACUUCGGUGGGCUAAGCCUGGAGGAGUUCGUGGCGGCGGAGGCGGAACCGCGACCGGUUGGUAGCGACAUUGGAGCGCAGACCAUUCAGCAAUUCGAACAGGAGAGAGAUAAAUUCCAGGACCUACACUCGGCCAUCACGGGGUGCGACGAUGCCUCGAAAUCGAUGGAGAUAUAUCUGGGUGACUUCCAGACCGAAUUGGGGGCUGUAUCAGCGGAGAUCGAGAGCCUCCAGACCCGAUCGGUGCAGCUGAGUGCGAUGUUGGAGAAUCGGCGCAACGUCGAGCAGCUUCUCGGCCCCGCCGUGGAGGAAAUCAGCAUUUCCCCACGAGCUGUCCGAGUGAUUUCUGAAGGCCCCAUUGAUGAGAACUGGGUCAAGGCGUUGACCGAGAUCGAGACGCGCACCGCCAGCAUUGAGGCCCGGGUUUCCAGUUCGAAUACCACCGCGUCCAUUGAGGAUGUGCGUCCUCUCUUGAGUGAUAUCAAGAAAAAGGCCGUGGAGAGGAUUCGAGAUUACUUAGUUUCUCAGAUCCGAGCGUUGCGGUCGCCGAACAUCAACGCUCAAAUCAUCCAGCAGCAGCGCCUGGUCAAAUUCAAGGACCUAUACAGCUACAUCUCGAGAGCGCAUCCGACACUGACAGGGGAGAUCACGCAAGCCUAUAUCAACACCAUGCGAUGGUAUUAUCUAUCUCACUUUACGCGUUAUUUACAGGCAUUGGAGAAACUCAAGGUCUAUCCCAGCGACCGAAACGAAAUAUUGGGGGGAGACGCGUCGGCGCCAAAAUCAGGGAAUAUUGUCUCCGGCAGCCGUGCCGGCACUACGGCCCAUGACCCGUUCUCAUUGGGGAGGCGCAUCGACAUUCUACGGACGGGGAAUCAAAUGGCCAUGUCCUCGUACCUUGCGGAGGAGGACAACUCGUUCCAUGGGAUUGAGGUGCCCUUCCGGAAUUUCAACCUGGCUCUCGUGGACAACGUCUCGGCCGAAUACUCAUUCAUGACGGAGAUGUUCUCGACGCUCUCGUUCCACCAGAUCUCGCGCAAAGCCGUGGAGAUCUUCGACCCCGUAUUCACCCUAGGACAGGGGCUAACGAAGCAGCUGAUCGACACCAGCACCGACUCGCUCGGGGUGCUGGUCUGCGUGCGGCUGAACCAGCAAGCGGCCUUUGAGCUGCAGCGUCGCAAGGUGCCCGUCGCCGACUCGUACGUGAACGGUAUCAACAUGCGUCUGUGGCCGCGGUUCCAAGUGAUCAUGGACCUGCAGUGUGAGUCGCUGAAGCGAGUCGCCUCCCACACUGGACGCAGCGCCGUGUCGGCGCUAUCGCUGGCAGGUGGUGGCGGCGAUGAUCUGAACCAGUCGACGGCACCGCACUUCCUCACGCAACGCUUCGGCCAGCUGCUGCAUGGCAUCCUGGUGCUCAGCAGCGAGGCGGGAGAUGAUGAGCCCGUGUCCAACAGUCUGGCGCGACUAAGAGGCGAGUUCGACAGUCUGCUGGCCAAGCUCAGUCGUAUCGGAAGCGAUGCCAAACGCCGCGAGCGAUUCUUGUCCAACAAUUACUCUUUGAUUUUGACCAUUAUUAGUGAUACCCAAGGCAAGUUAGCCAUUGACCAGCGCCAGCAUCUGGAGGAGAUGCUGAAAAAUAUCAUUGGAGCCGGUGUGGUCGGACUGGCCAUCGCUAGACAAUUGGCAGCGCGAGGGGGCACGACAAUCCUCCUGGAGAAGAAUGACGCACCCGGAAUGGAAACGAGUAGUCGGAACUCAGAGGUAAUCCAUGCGGGAUUAUACUACGGCACCAACACUCUAAAAACCGAUCUCUGUAUACGCGGGAAAGAACUUCUGUAUGAUCUCUGCGUGGAGAAGGGGAUCCCCCACCGCAGGACCAUGAAAUGGAUCGUAGCGCAAACGCCCGAGCAAUGGGAGGCGACGCUGCGAGUGCAUGCGCACGCGCAGAACAUCGGUGUGCCGACGCGGAUUGUGUAUGCCGACGAGGCGAGCCGACGCGAGCCGGCAGUGCGGGCACGCGCCGGUAUUCUUGAAAGUCCGACAACGGGGAUCAUCGAUAGUCACUCGCUAAUGGUGUACCUACAAGGGGCGUUCGAGGAGAAAGGCGGCGAUUGUGCAUUUCGCACGGAGGUGACGGGAGUGGCGAAGGAGGGCGGUGGGUACCGGAUCACUGCGCGGUCGGGGGACGACGGCGAAGAGACGAGCAUUACGGCCGAAACGGUGAUUAAUAGUGCGGGCAAUUAUGCGUGCGCGAUCAAUAAUAUGAUCCUGCCGCAGGACCGACAUCGCACCCCGUUUUACGCCAAGGGGACAUACUUCUCGUAUACGGCUUCCCGACCGUCGACGCAGGUGCUGGUGUAUCCAGCGACGCUGCCGGGCCACGGCGGCUUGGGCACGCAUUUAACGCUGGACAUGGGCGGACGCAUCCGGUUUGGCCCGGACGUGGAAUGGGUAGACAGUCCGAACGAUCUGCAGCCCAGCGCGGCCCGACUGCAGCAGGCGUUGCCGGAAAUCCAGGCGUAUCUGCCCCAGGUCGACCCGGAGGCGAUCAGUCUGGACUACUGUGGGAUUCGACCCAAGCUGGGCCGUGGAGGCGCCGUGAAUACAGGCCACGGAUUCCAGGACUUUGUCAUCCAGGAAGAGGACGGGUUCUCGGGGUUUGUCAAUCUGUUGGGCAUCGAGAGUCCUGGGUUGACGAGUUCAUUGGCCAUUGCGGAGAAGGUGGAGGGUUUACUGUACGGUUAA